GAGAUAAGUAUAUUUUGUCUUACUCUAACUUAUUUCAUCAGUUCAGCAGCGUAGCUAUAAAGAACGGACCAGUUAUUAGCUCUUUCUCUCUCUCUCUGUCAUUAUUCUUUGAUGACCGAUCGGACGGCAGUUCGGAGAAACUUUGCUUUUAUUUACUAACAACAAGAGAGUAAAAGUUUGUUUGAUCUAACAGAAAAGAACGCAAAGAUGACAACAUCAAAGGAAUUAAAUUUAGCCAGAAAGAAUCUUAUGGCAUCGCUUGGCGAUAAUACAAAAAUGUACUUUGAGAAAAUGAAACUGUGGUUCCAGAUGAAGACUACAAAGGAAGAAUUUGACUCCGAAGCACGUAAUAUCAUGACCGAGGAUCAAGUUCGUCUACAUAACGAAUUCCUGUUGUGUCUCUUUAAUAAAGUUCGUGGAUUGGCAGCUACUACGCCGACUCAUAAGAUAGAUAGAGAUAAGAAUUUGAAGGAGAGAAGACUGAGGCUGAAACGUAAAUACAAGACUGAUAAAUCAAAUUUUGAGCCAGCUGAUAUGUAUGUGGAAGUAUUGAGUCAAACCUCAUCACCUGUCAGGGAUGAACCCAUAGGUGCCAAUCGCUCCAGCGCCCAAGAACUCGUAUUACCAGAUCGAACUUUUGUAUUGGCUCGACUAAUGCUCGCUGCGUGGGAAAAUAAUAUGGAUGGAGCCGAAGAUAAUACAGCUCACAUUGUUAUAGCAGCGACACAAAUUUUCUUGAAAAACAUACUCACUGCAAUCUUCACACGGAGGAAAGGAUACGCCACUCGAGAUGGCUCUUUCAUUUAUAACAUCGGAGAACCAGUGCCUAGUUCGUGGAAAAGAAACUCCAUGUACAUAAAUCCGCUCCACAAUGGGUCAACAGAGGUAUUAGAUCCUCAUGGUCAAAUACCAGCGUCAAAACCAACCAUUGAAGAAGCCGAGCAAGCUACUGCUUUUGCACACGCAUGUUCCACCCAAAUUAUUCCUCCGCCAUUGAAGCCAGUUAGCACGGCCGAUUUGCAACACACGUUAAAGAUUUAUAAAAAUCUUGUGAGUAACCACACAAUAUAUGCUACUAAUAUGGAACGAUUGUUUACAUAUGCCACUCAUCCAUCGUGGGAGGAUUUGGAAGCAAAGAAAAUGUUAUGUCAGCCUUCAACGUAAAAGACGAUUAUAUGCCUCUUAUUAACGUCAACGAUUCGUGAUAGAAGUUUAGGGUUUUGUCCUGGUUUACUGAUAUUUUUCUUUUUAAUUAUUGUUAUAUCUCGUUUUAUAGCGUGGAACAAGCAAUAUAGUAAAUACAGGACACACGUAUAUAUACGUAUUUUUUUUAUUUAAUUAAUAAAAACCAGAAUAUAUUUAAAAU